GGAGGAAACAGCGCUGCUCCAAUGCGUCUGUGCAACACAGGCUGAAGAAAAAAAAAACUUAUCGACUCACAAAACCAAAACCUGCGCUGCGCAAUUAGUGCGUGAAAAUCCACUUUUUCUCCGGUUUUGAAGAAAAUAAAUAAAUAAAUCAAGCUGGCUCAGUGCGUGUCUCAGCAGCCCACUUUGACAGGUGCUCCUCACCCCCUUUGGAGGACUGUCAACAGCAAGAGGAUGGCAUCAGAGCUGGCAAUGAGCAACUCCGACCUGCCCACCAGUCCCCUGGCCAUGGAAUAUGUUAAUGACUUCGAUCUGAUGAAGUUUGAAGUGAAAAAGGAGCCGGUGGAGCCCGAUCGCAGCAUCAGCCAGUGCAGCCGCCUGGUCGCCGGGGGAUCCCUAUCUUCCACCCCGAUGAGCACGCCUUGCAGCUCGGUUCCCCCCUCGCCAAGCUUCUCGGCGCCCAGUCCGGGAUCAGGGAGCGAGCAAAAGGGACACUUGGAGGAUUUCUACUGGAUGACCGGGUACCAACAGCAGUUGAACCCCGAGGCUCUGGGCUUUAGCCCAGAGGACGCCGUAGAGGCGCUGAUCAGCAGCAGUCACCAGCUCCAGACCUUCGAUGGCUAUGCCAGGGGGCAGCAGUUCGGCGGCGCAGCCGGGACAGGAGGCGCCAUGGCCGGGGAGGAGAUGGGAUCAGCGGCCGCCGUGGUAUCCGCGGUUAUCGCUGCAGCCGCAGCUCAGAACGGGAAUCCCCUCCACCACCACCACCAUCACCACCACCACCACAAUGGGGCACACCACCCGUCCUCCGGGUCUCAAUCCGGCGGCAGCGUGGGGGGAAACCACCAGCACCUGCGCUUGGACGACCGGUUCUCGGACGAGCAGCUGGUGACAAUGUCAGUGCGGGAAUUGAACCGGCAGCUCCGGGGGGUCAGCAAAGAAGAGGUGAUCCGUCUGAAACAGAAGAGGAGGACGCUAAAGAACAGAGGCUAUGCCCAGUCCUGCCGGUACAAGCGGGUCCAGCAGCGGCAUGUCUUGGAGGGAGAGAAGACGCAUCUCAUUCAGCAGGUGGACCACCUCAAGCAGGAGAUCUCCCGGCUGGCCAGGGAGAGGGACGCCUACAAGGAGAAAUACGAGAAGCUGAUCAGCACCGGCUUCAGAGAAAACGGAGCAUCCAGCAGUGAAAACAACCCUUCAUCCCCGGAGUUUUUCAUGACGUCAAGAAAAUUCCUCCAUCUGUGAUCGAGAGCUAUGACUUCUCCGUCCUACCACCCUGGAGUCUGAGAUAUCAUGACACUGGAAUGCUGAUGUUUCAAGAGCAACCUACGGCACCCGGACUGCCAUAAAGCACAAUGUCUCAAACGUGUCCACACAGCAGCUUCAGGGCAACCAAUCCACAGCCAACCCAAAGCCAGAGUUCAAUAUUUAAACAAUGAUGAAAAAAUAACAACAACAGGAGACUCACAUUCUUCUACUCCAACAACAAGGAAAGAAACACAGAAAUUAAAGAUCCUGGACUCUGGAAAUAAGAUUCUCCACCAUCUGUAUUUGCCAUUCAAAUGGACACGGAUCAUCCCGAGAAUAACUCCAAAUUGUAAUUUAGAUUUACCAGAGUAUAGAUUAUUAAUACGUAGGUUGAUUCAAAUAGCAAACAGAAAACAGUAUGAUGUCCACACCCCCUUUAGCACAUGCCCAGAAAUCAGGAUAUUGUAAAUACUGUACAGAAAACAAAUAGGGACAUUGAUAAGAAAUACAAUUAUUGAAGAAUAAUGUAUAUAGCCAUGAGAAUCAUACCCAAUGUGUUUAUAUAUCCAUGAGUGUCACAAGCCCAGUACUUAUUAUUUAUUUUAUGCCCCAAAAGAUUUAGCACAAAGAUGAACCAACGCUCUUUGUAUCUCUAUAGAAGACAUCUACAUAGAACUAGACAAGGGAUAUAUUUGGGUAUUUAAUUGGGAUCACACAGUAUUUGCCAUGGAGUGCACUAUUACUCGAAACAGAUGCAUAUGCCAUAGAGUAUAUGCUUAUUAGGUAACCCUGUAUUGUGAGCAAGACAGUUAUGAAAAGUUACAGAC